AUGGAGACCAGCGCCGCGUGUCCGGCGGUCAACGACCUCGAGACGUUUGGCGUCCCCACUGCCGCGAACAACAGUUGCGAUCUGAUGACACACCGGACGCCCAAAGGUCCGUCGCACGACGUCGCUACAGUGGGCCAACGACGGGCAGAAGACAGUGCGAAAGAGGCGGAGGAGAGUGGGGAGAAACCUCUGGUCGGGGGGACGUCGGCUCGCACGCGAAGGUUCGCCUAUGCACUGGCAGCAGCGAUGCUCUUUGUUACGUUCUACAGCCACCCUAUGCACCAGCGAUAUCACGGCCGGGGCGGGAAGAACGUGUACUACGUGUGGUGGUGUGGGUGGCUCACUGCCGUUGCCACUGGUCUCGGGGCACUGCCGUUCUACUGGAUUCGAGACAUGGACAAGUACUGGCUCGGGAUCUGCAAUGGCUUGGCCGCCGGCAUGAUGAUGGCCGCAACGGGCUGUUUGUUCUACGAAGGAUGGUACCUCCCUCAAGCAGUGGACUACCAAGUGUCCGUGACCUACCGCCUCUGCUUGGGCGCGUUCUUGGGUGUCCUGUUCAUCAAGUUCACCAAGGUGUUUCUUGAAGACUAUGACGACGUGUCCGUGUGUGGACUAAAUGGCAUUGACGCGCGCAAGGCGCUGCUGAUCAUGGCGGUCAUGACGCUGCACUCCGUGUCGGAAGGGAUCGGCGUCGGUGUGUCGUUUGGUGGCGAAGGUGGCAUCCGUCGUGGCCACAUUGUGACCAUGACCAUGGCGAUUCACAACAUUCCCGAAGGCGUGGCCAUCAGCUUGUCGCUCGUGCCGCGUGGACUGAGUGUCUUCUACGCUGUGUUGUGGUGCAUCAUGUCUAGCGUGCCGCAACCCGUGUUUGCUGUACCAGCCUUCCUGUUUGUUGAACAGUGGCUGCCGAUCUUGCCUUGUGGUUUGGGAUUUGCAGGCGGCGCCAUGGCAUACGUGGCGGUGCAGGAGCUAUUGCCCGAGUCGCUUGAGGACACCAAGUCGAUUCCCACGACGAUAUCAGCCACUGCAUUUGCUUUCAUGGUGUUCCUGACUGUCCAGAUCGUCCUCAGCGGCUCCAUUUAG